AUGGACAACACGUCGGGAAAUGUUCAAAUUUUCACUAGGCCUAGAGACUGGGAAUCGUGGGAAACAGACAUACGUUUCCGGGCGAAUGUCUACAACCUGUGGAAAUAUCUUGAUCCAAGUGUGCAGGAACCAGAACCGUUUGAACCACCAAAACUUGAGGAUUACCUUCCCAGCAACAACGAUUCUAUUUCUCGUGAAGAUACAAAGUUUGCAAUUGACUUUCAUUCUGACCGUAUGGAAUUUUAUUGGAAACAAAAGAAGGCAAUGUGGGAAAUACUCCAGGUCAUUCGGGAAACAGUAGCUCCUUCACUUCAAUACCUGAUAAAAAGAAAGUAUACAGCUAGAGAAUGUCUAGUUGUAUUGAAAAAGCAUGUUUCCCAACAUCAUGCUCAAAUUGUCAAUGAAAUUGAUCAAGACUUGCAAAAGCUGUAUAAGGGGCCGCAACAUAAACCGAUCACUCAAUUCCUCCUUGAAUACCAAGGGACUUUGCAGGAGGCGGUUUCCUAUGGGCUAACGGAACAUACUCGCGAGCCGCUUGCCUCCAAGAUGUUUUUGAAGAGUUUACCGCGCAGAUAUAGCACCUUUUCCCAUUGCGCACUUCUGGACCUUCUAGUGGAGGAAGUGUUAGGGAAGAAGAGAGAGGUUAACAAGGAUGUAUUCUUCCAUAUCAAUCUUUUUUGGUGUUUUUUGAGAGAAUUGUACCCUGGUUGCUUGUAG